CCCAGAUAUGCGGCGCAGACACGGGCAGAGUGUGGGGGUAUAGGACUAGCAGAGAGCAGGGGGUAGAUAGUAGCGUGUGUGUGUGUGUGUAUGAGAGGCUGGCAGACGGCAUGGUCUGGGUGUGGGGACACACUCCGGGAGCCUCCAUGUAGAGCGACAUCACCUGGACCUGUCCACCGUUCAGAGAAGCAACAGGCGGCAGGAGCGCUCCCAGCAGCUCCCUGUUUUUUUGUUUUUUUUUAAACCUUUUGUAGGGUUUUUUUUUUUUUUUUUUUUUUGCGUUGUUUUGGGAGUGAGCUCCAGGCUGGACCGCAUGCAUGACACAACGCAAAGGCGAGAAACCCACCAUCAGUAUCCAAGAGCACAUGGCCAUUGACGUGUGCCCCGGUCCCAUCCAGCCCAUCAAGCAGAUCUCCGACUACUUCCCCCGUUACCCGCGGGGCCUCCCCCCCGCGGCGCCCCAGCCAGCGGGCCACGCCGGGCCCCUGCGCUCUGUCCUCUCCACGCCUGCGGCUGCUGCCGCCACCUCAGAAAGUGAUCGCCCCAAUGAGGACAGCCCUGAGCGGGCGUGUGCUGGAGCCUCCGCCUCCCUGCAGGCCGUCAGGAGGGACGAGGAGCCGGACGUGGAGGGAUACGACUCAGACGACUCCACCACACUGGGAACGUUGGAGUUCAGUUUGCAGUACGACCAGGAGAACAACGCGCUACACUGCACCAUCAACAAAGCCAAGGGGCUCAAACCGAUGGACCACAAUGGACUCUCGGAUCCUUACGUCAAACUGCACCUACUGCCUGGCGCCAGCAAGGCGAAUAAACUCAGAACCAAGACCCUGCACAACACACUCAACCCCGUCUGGAACGAGACCCUGACCUACUACGGCAUCACCGACGAGGAUAUGGUCCGCAAGACUCUCAGGAUCUCAGUGUGUGAUGAGGACAAAUUUCGCCACAAUGAGUUUAUCGGUGAAACACGGAUUCCCCUCAAGAAGCUGAAGCCCAACCAAGUUAAAAACUUCAACAACUGCCUGGAGAAACAGUUGCCAGUCAACAAGACAGAGGACAAGUCUCUGGAGGAACGGGGACGGAUCAUGAUUUCCCUCAAGUACAACACCCAGAAGUCCUGCCUGGUCGUGGGCAUCAUACGCUGCGCUCACCUUGCUGCUAUGGACGCCAACGGCUUCUCCGACCCCUACGUCAAAACGUACCUGAAGCCUGACGAGAACAAAAAGUCGAAGCACAAGACGGCCGUGAAGAAGAAGACCCUCAAUCCUGAGUUCAACGAGGAGUUCUGUUAUGACAUAAAAUAUGCAGACCUCACUAAGAAGACUCUGGAGGUCACAGUGUGGGACUAUGACAUAGGAAAAUCAAACGAUUUCAUCGGUGGCGUGUCUCUGGGCAUCAACGCGAACGGAGAGAGGCUCAAGCAUUGGUUCGACUGCCUCAAAAACAAGGACAAAAAAAUCGAACGCUGGCACACACUGACCAAUGAGUUACCCGGCUCAAUGAAUGACUGAAGGCCUGCACCCGAUCCCACCCCUCCGCCUGCAUUU